UCACAAAAGCGAGCGUUUAGCUAUACAUACUCGCAAUGCUCUCUCCGGUGGCCGCGUUCGUUUUAGGUCUGACUGUCGUUACGAGUCCGGUUCGCUCACAAAAGACUAACCAGUUCUUGAGGAGUGCCGAACGCGAGCCGGGACCGGUCGUGCCGCUCGUCGUCGGACGCUGCAUCCUCGUCCCCAUAUCGACGGAUAUCACCCGUCGCCAAUACCAGGACGUCGUCGACAGCACUCUACUUGCGCAGCUAGCAGCAGACAAACAGUUAUUAGACAACAAGACGGCAGCAUCCGAAUGGCACAAUGUGUACAUUAGAACGGCCAACUUGUAUUGGGUCACCUUUCGUUCUGUCUCGAUUUCCACGUCCGGGCAAGGCGCGACUACAGCUAAUCUGGCUGAACUGGUCAUAGAAAACAUGGAGAAGAGUGAAGCACUAGCACGGGCCGAAGUCACAUCCAUAGAAGAAACUCUAACUGCACUUCGACAGCCGUCAAACGCAUCACCUAACUCUAUGUUCAUUGCUCGCAGCGAACAAGGAAUUUUUCAAGUCGCACUUGUUAGCUAUAGCAAUGACGACGGCCAAAUUCUCCUCAGAGUGGGCACCUACCACUACUCGCCGGGCUUGUUUUUUUCUUGGACAUCAUCUAGCAAUGUGUUCGAGUAUGACAAACUUGUGCUGAACGAGGGCAUCGUGAAGAAGUUGAGAGCGGCAGCGACUGAGGAGUUGGGGAAUAAGGUAAACGAACUUGUUAAAGAGAUACAUGUGUGACAGGCUGUGCGUAAGGUGCGCGACUAUGCUGCAUGCUGCAAUGGACGUUGUGCGCACGCGUAGAAUUUAGUGAAUUUAGAGUACUGAUUUGCUUGCUUGCUUGCAGUAGCGUAGUGCAGCUGGGUGAGAUCUUUCACUUAAAAUCUGAUUACAAAAUUUGGCGAGUUA